AUGAAUUCCAAACCGAUUGUUCUUCUCGGCCUUUUAGCUCUUCUAGUUUCUUCAGAAGUAGCUUCAGCCAGAGGACUCGGUCCUUCAGUGAAGUGCGGGUUCAAUAGUUCGUGCAGACGCGGAAAUGGAGGUUAUCCCGGCGGCGGAAAUGGUGGAGGUUUUCCGGGCGGCGGAAACGGCCCGCGCGGAUACGGAUCAGGUUCUCUCCCCCAGCCGGUCCCCGGACAUGGAGGUGGAGGCGGAGGACUCGGUCCUUCAGUGAGUUGCCGGUUCAAUAGUUCGUGCAGCCGCGGAAAUGGAGGUUUUCCCGGCCAUGGAAACGGCGGCGGAAACGGAGGUUUUCCCGGCGGCGGACAUUGA